AUGAAGCAGCUAGCAUUUAAAAGAAUUAAUAAUGUCCCCAUGGACGCUGUUCAGCUGCAUACAGAUGGCGGUAAACUUGAUAGUGACAGAUCGGGCAACGGCAUUUAUAUUAAACUUCGGAAUCAGGAAAUGAAAAUCAAGGGAAGAAAUCCGCACUUCUGCUCGGUAUUCCGAAGUGAAUUUAUUGCAAUUCUCGAGGGUCUGGGUUCCAUCAUGUCGCUUUCGCUGUUUAUUGAUAUCUGGAUCUUUUCGAACAGUAAAAGUGCUAUUCAGCACCUGGCCGAUUGGCAUAAUGUCAGGGUCAGUGUUGGUGCUGACAUUCUAAGGAAACUAAAACUUAUUUUCUUUUCUCAUCGAAUCCACUUUCAGUGGAUUCCGUCACAUGUCGAUAUAGCUGGAAAUGAGAUUGCUGACAGUUUGGCCAAAGCAGUUUCUGAAGAGGCCAUUGCGACUGCUGCUCCUCUUACUUACUUGGAGCAUUUUUCUAAAUGUAAGGCAAAGAAUAUGGCCAUUUGA